AUGACACAAAUCAAUGCAGUUGAUACAGGCCACGAAGAAUUAAUUCAUGAUGCUCAAUUAGAUUAUUACGGCAUUCGUUUAGCAACAUGUUCAUCAGAUAAAAGUAUUAAAAUCUUCGAUGUGUCAAACAACCAACAACGAUUGAUUGCUGAAUUGAAAGGACACGAAGGUCCCGUAUGGCAAUUAUCAUGGUCACAUCCAACAUUUGGCAGUUUACUCGCAUCAUGUUCUUAUGAUAGGAAAGUGUUAAUAUGGAAAGAGACGACAUCAAGUGGCUUGCCACCUCAGUCGAAUACAACGGGUGGCACGCAAUAUUCGGUUAUAUAUGAAUAUGACAAACAUACAUCUUCUGUGAAUACUGUUGCAUGGGCACCGUAUGAGUACGGUCUUAUGUUAGCCUGUGGAAGUUCAGAUGGCUCGAUUUCAAUUCUCAGUUCAACUGGUGAUGGACGAUGGACAGUGAAGAAAAUCAAUGACUGUCAUCCUCCGGGUGUGAAUGCACUUAGCUGGGCACCUGCUGUUCUUCCGCAAUCUAGCGAUGAGACAGGUGUACAGGGAAUAACAGGUGAACCUGUGAAACGUUUUGUUUCAGCUGGAUGUGAUUGUUUAGUUCGUAUAUGGAAAUUUCGAGAGCAGGAUGAUGGAUGGAUAGAAGAAACACACCUUGAUCAGCACAACGAUUGGGUACGAGAUGUUGCCUGGGCACCAACGUUCAGCUUUCACAAAGACAAAAUCGCUAGUUGCUCGCAAGAUGGUCAUGUUUAUGUUUUCACACGUGAUACACGUUCAUCAACUAAUUGGGAAUGCAUACAAAUCGGUACACAUUUUAAUGACGUUUGGAGUGUGAGUUGGUCAUUGACUGGUGAUAUUCUUGCUGUUGCUGCUGCGGAUAAAGUUAGUUUAUGGAAAGUCGGUCUCGAUGGUAAAUACCAAUGUUUAACAACUCCACAUACAUCGGCAUCAAGCGCUGGCUCACCAUCUGUCAAUAGCACUAUGGAUAGUGCAGCAGGCGAAACAGGAAAUAUUCCAUUGAUGGCAACAUAG